CUUUUUACAUUCGAGCGUUUAUGGUCUACGUGGAUUACCAAAAAUAUUUUUUUGAAAUGUUUUUCUUUUUCUUUUGACGAAUCGCAGCAACGGGUCGAAGCGGUAAACGAACCGGAAGUACUCGUAGUCAUCACGUUCGACGGCGGAAUCUCGUUCCAGGGCGGGAUUUGUGCGAGAAGCGAAGCGGCGUUCCCGGUACCGAUUUAUAACGCUGCAGUAGACGUGACUUCAGGUAAAAAAUAAUGGAAGACGUUCGCCCAUCUCCCUCUCGACCAAUGGGAGACAGCGAUGACGAGUUUGACAGGAGAAGGCGGGACAAGUUCCGGCGGGAGAGGAGUGACAUGGAGCGGUCGAGAGAGCGGGAGGACAGGAGGAGGGAGGACUGGCCCGAGAGGGACUGGGAUCGCGGCCGUGACCGCAGGCGGGACUACGACCGCGGACGCAGAGAGAGAUUCUCUCCACCAAGACACAUGAGUCCCCAACACAAACGCAUGAGAAGAGACUGGGAUGACCAUCGAGGCGAGCCGUACCGGGGGGGCUACGAUAUGCCGUAUGGAGGAGGCGGUCCUCCGUUCCCUGGGGGUCCCGGACACCCUGGCUGGCACCCUGAGCUACCCAACAUGCACCCCCACCACCCCGGACACCCCCUGCAGGGCCGACUGGGGAUGGUGGAUUCUGAGCUCCCCCCUCCUGGCCCGCCCGUCAUGAGAAGUUUUAAGGACUUCCUGCUGAACAUGGAGGACAGUGUGGAUGAGACGGAGGCGGUGAAGAGGUACAACCAGUACAAACUGGACUUCAGACGGCAGCAGCUGCAGGACUUCUUCAUCACUCACAAAGAACAUGAGUGGUUUCGAAUGAAGUACCACCCUGAGGAUAUGGUCAGCAGGAGGGCGGAGUCUCAGGCUGCUCUGAAGAGCCGAAUGGGCGUCUUCCUCUUCCUUCUGGAGAACGGUUGGCUGGACAACAUGUCACUCGACAUGGAACACGCGCCCAAAAUCAUCAAGCUGCUGGAUGCAGCGGUGAUAAAGAUGGAGGGAGGCACAGACCAUGAUCUCCAGGUGUUGGAGCUGCCUGUUUCCACGUUGGUGGGAGGGGAGGGGCCUGUGGGAGGAGGAGGAGGAGGAGGAGGAGGAGGGGAUGGGGGGGGGUCUAGUGUGGCUGCAGCUCCAGUGGCUACUGGUACUCCUGGGACCAAACCAGACACUGAGCCUGGGCCCACCAAAGACCAGAACCAGGAGGGAGUUGAGGAGGGUCAGCUGAAUGGAGAGAAGCAGGAGCAGGAGAGCAAGAAGGGCAGGAAGAGGAAGCGCAGCAGCGGGUCCGCCGACAGCGCGGACGGCAGCGGCUCCGACUCCGACUCCUCCCACUCUGACGGCGAGAAGGAGGAGGAGGAGGAAGAGGGAGAGGAAGAAGGGGGCGAGCGACACAAGGAGCGCCAAAAGGAGAGAGAGAAGGCGGGGCCCCCUAAGCCCCGCCCCCUCCACCUCACCACCUCCCUGUUCAUGAGGAGCAUCGCUCCUGAUGUCUGUAGAGAGGAGCUGGGAGCUUUGUGUCGCAGGUACCCUGGGUUCCUGCGGGUGGCGCUGUCCGACCCACAGCCUGAGAGGAGGUUUUUCAGGCGUUGCUGGGUUACCUUUGACCGCAGUGUAAACAUCAAGGAGAUCUGCUGGAAUCUACAGAACAUCAGGUUAAAGGACUGUGAGUUGGCCCCGGUGGUGAACAGAGACCUGUCCCGGCGAGUGAGGAGUGUGAAUGGUCUGACUCAUCACAAGCCGGUGGUCCGGAACGACAUCAAGCUGUCGGCUCGCCUUGUCCACGCCCUGGACCAGAAAGGCUCUCUGUGGGGAGAGGAGGCGACGGAGAGCAAUCCGGUGCUGAAGAACAUAACCGACUACCUGAUAGAGGAGGUCAGCGCCGAGGAGGAGGAGCUGACCGGCGUCACCGGGGGCAACGAGGCCGGGGACGGCAAGGACCCCAGCGACGUCACCGUGGAAACGGAUGAAACACUACUCAAGGUUCUAGACAGACUGCUGGUGUAUCUGCGUCUGGUCCACUCGGUAGAUUACUAUAACCUCUGUGAGUAUCCUGCUGAAGAUGAGAUGCCCCAUCGCUGUGGUCUGAUCCAUGUCAGAGGACCCGCUCCACUGGGCAAUAUUACCACAGCAGAAGUUGGCGAGCACCAGAAGAUGUGUGAGGAGCGUCUGGCCGUGCUGCUCACCUCGUCUGAAUCCCUGAGUGACGAGGAGGCUGCCAGACUGGGGAAGAAGGACCCAGACCACGAGGUGGAGAAGUUUCUCGUAGCAAACACGCAGGAGCUCGGGAAGGACAAGUGGCUGUGUCCACUCAGCGGGAAGAAGUUCAAGGCUCCGGAAUUUGUCCGGAAACACAUCCUGAACAAACACGGCGACAAAGUGACCGCCGUGAGGCAGGAAGUAGAAUUCUUCAACAACUUCCUGUUGGACGCCAAGAGACCCGCCCUCCCCGAGAACAAGCCCCCCCCACCACCUGUUCAGGCCCCGCCCCCUGGCCUACAAGUAUUUCCGGGUCAGACGCCACAGCAGCAUAGCCUUCUGGGAUAUCCCCCUGGAGUCCGACCGCCCAUGCAAGGUUUCCCUGGGGCGGGUCCGCCCUACCCUCCUAACCAGUUUGGCGGGGGCCGUGGUAACUAUGACAACUUCAGAGGUCACGGGUCGGGAUUCCCGGGAAAACAACGCAAUAACAGCCGGGGCGUUCGAGGAGACCCCCGCUCAAUCAUAGAGUACCGAGACCUGGACGCCCCUGAAGACCUGGACUUCUUUUAAACCACCACAGCUCCUUUUUUACUUUUUUACUCUUUUACUUUCCUCUGCAGGUUUGUUUGUGUGAAUGUGUGUGUGUGUGUGUGUGUGUGUGUGUGUGUGUGUAUGUGCGUGCGUGCGUGCGCGCACGCGCAUGCGUGCGUGCGUGCGUUUGUGUAGCAGCACUGAUCAUGUGUCGUGUGUCAGUGAUGAUGAAAUUGAACUGUUUUGUGUUUGAAAUAAAGUUCUAACCAGAAACUCUUCCUGACUCAUUUACAUUAGUGUAAAAGACAAUGAAACAGUGGAAAGUCACUCAAACAUUUCAAAGCAUUUAAAUGAGGUCACCGAGAGGUAGCGUGAGAUAAGCCGUUUGAGUGAGAAGUGGGUUUACAUUUAAAUCCUUGGGAGUAUAUCAAAAUAUUUAUGUUAGUCAGGGUUUACAAGUUAAAUCUUUGAGUAUAUUUAAGUUUUUGUAUCGGUUCUUUUACUUGGGCCAAUAAUUCUGUAUGGUGCAGUUUCAGGUCUGUUUUACAUGCUGAGUGCUAAGUAGCUUGUUAACCAACAGCUGUGUGUAAGGAUCCACAUUGACCUCCUGAUGGCGCUGUGGACCACCAGCCAUCCUCAGCAGUUAGAAUGACAUUCUGUUCACCUACAACGUGAAGAAUACGUCCAUAAACGUAUACAUUAUAUAUAGGUUCGUCUUGGUUACACUUGUCGCCUUUGAAAACAAGUGUAACCGAAACCUGCUUAUUAACGGAUAUCGUCAGCAUUUGCAGGUGAGAUAAUAUUAUUGUCGGCUAGAGGGCGCCAAACAGCUUUAUGCCCAGCGAGGUUAAGAAAAAUGAGUCUCCCAUGCAGACACUGAUGGAGGAAUAAAAGAGGGCCAGGAUGAUAGAGAAAGAAUUAUGGAAUGAUGAUAAAGGAGACAUAACCCUAACCCUUUGAUAUAAUGAUGUAAUCG